AAGCACACACGUUAAUGAUAUAAACUAAAAUAUUUGAAGUUUUAAUGGCAAAUGUCCUAAUUUUGUAUGUCAGCAAUAUUGGUUAUUUAUAGCAACUCAGGAAAUAACCUAAAAUUUCUAUUAUGCAGGAAUUUACAUAAAAUGGAUGAUCUGUUUACUCAGAAGGCUUUUCAUAGAUGGAUGCACACACAUGAAAAAAAAUUCAAGUUACAAGAUGACACCAGGAAAUAGAUAAUGGGAGCAGUAAAAAGCAAGUUUCUUAAGUUUUUCACAAAGUUUUCAAAGAAGAAAAGAAAGCCUUCAGAAGAAAUAGAUUGCACUGCUUUGAAUAUCAACAGCAUAUAUGUUGAAAAAGUACAGAAAAUAUCUUAUGAACCCCAAGCAUCUUUAAAUGGCAAUAAGACAAUAUUUAAAGGGAAAUAUGAGGAGGAACUGCAUGCAGCUGUGACGAAAAUAAGUGUGGUGGAUUAUGAUUUCAAACAGACAAAAAAAGAAAUAAAGAAAAUUGCAAAAAAGUUAAACAGGAAAACGCUUCCUGACAAAUGUAAACGCCUAAUUUCUGUAAAUCAGAAGUUGAUCUGCAGCAACGAAAACAUUGUGAAAUAUUUUUGUCAUGAAAUAGAUAACGAGACAUUAUGCAUUUAUUUGGCUGCGGAACUCUGUGAACACACAAUAUGUGACUUUAUCCAGAACAAAAGUAAUUUUCCUACACUGACCACAAAAAGUGUAAUUUUACAACUAGUCAAAGGUGUAGAAUACCUUCAUGAAAUCAAAAUUUUGCAUCGCAAUUUGAAACCAUCAAAAGUUUUAAUUAAAAAUCAUCAAAAUAAAGCCAUUGUAAAAAUUUCUGGAUUUGGGGUAUCGAAGUGUAUUCCAGACAAUUGCUCGUGCAUUUCCAACAGUGGCCAAUAUGGGGAACCUGGAUAUAUAGCUCCAGAAAUAUAUGAUGCUCAACAGAACUUACCACCUGGCACUAAAUUGAAUAAAUGCUAUAAAAAUGGUAGUGAUAUAUUUUCACUAGGUGCAGUGAUCUGUUAUGUAGGGAGCAAUGGGAAUCAUGCAUUUAGCAGUCAAAUGGACAUACAGAACAAGAAACCUGGAGACUUCAGUAAAUUUGAAGGCGGUUUUACUCUCCGCGUUCUUGUGCGAGACGAAAUGCUAGCACAUGAUUGCAAGGAUAGGCCAUCUGCAAAAGAUAUCCUUAGACAUCCUGCACUUUGGACAAGCACAGAAACUCUUGAUUUUUUUCAUCAAACAAGCAACAUUCUCCAAGAUAAGAAAAAACUCCAGAUGUGUUCCAUUGAAAACAACACAAGUAAUGUCUUACGCGGCAAUUCAUGGAAAUCUCAUUUAACCAGUCACGUUAAGAAUCAUCUCUUCCCACCACCAGGUAUGAAGACUGGCAACUGGAGCUACAAACGAAAGUCAGUUCUGUCUUUGAUUCGUGCACUCAGAAACAUGUACGAACAUUUUCACACACAACCAAUGGCAGUCACUAGUGACCUAGGAAGCCCUCCUGACAGUUUCUUGAAAUACUGGACUGACAAAUUUCCGGAACUGUUGAUGCACACAUAUACCUGCAUGAAAGUUCAUUCAUCAGAAAGCAAUAUGGUACGAUUUUACAAGUAGGAGAUAGAAUUAAGACAAAGAGAAUUAAAGGCAAUACUCAACUGAAACCCACCUGCCAUGACAUUGUGCCUCCACUGGUCGAUCGUAAUUAUGUACAAGAAAAACUUUUUAAGUAUUUUUUUUUUUUUACUUUUUUCACACUUGUAUUAAGUAUUUUACAUUGUAUUUUAAUCUUUUUAUAUUCAAUAUACUAGACAUUUUACACUUUAUUUGUAUGGUUUUUUUUUUAAACAUACAGUUAUGAUAAAAAAAAUUACAUAGAUAUUUACAUAUUAAUUUUAUAAAAUGUACAUGAUUUAGCCAUCUUCCUGAUUUUUUUAACAUUGAAGCAUCAUAGUAUGUAAACAAGUUUACUUUCUUUUAUUGAAUCAUGUAAGCACGCAAGCAGGAUGCAGUGAUUUUAUUUAAAAAAAUAUCUACUGAGAGGAAGAUUUGUUUUGAUAAAAUGUAUUAUUUUUAUCUUAUAAUAUUCAGUUGUUUUGUUACAAGUAAGGUUGUAUCAUAAAAAAGAUUUUGCCUGAUUUUGAGUUUUCUGCUCCUGAAAGCGCCUUGAAUGGAUAUUAAAAAAAAAUUCAGGGGCAGAUAACUCUAAAGUAGGAUAGUGACUUCUAAAUUUUUUUUCAUCAAUUUGUUUCAAUCAUGAUUCUCUUUACUCAUUCAAAAGUUAAGAAAAUUAGUUGAGCAUAUUAAUUUUGAAAUUUUAAUUUUCGCCUUUGUAAAAACUGUAAAAUAAUGUUUGUUUCCUGAAAUUUUACUUAAAAAAUAAAAUUUUUGGAUUUAAUCAUGGACCUGUCAAGCAGUUUAUGUUUAUACUUACAAGCAGAAAAAUGUUUUUUGGAAAAGCCAAAAAAUAUCUUCUUCUGACAGUGCAUUCAGUGUUAUGUAUCUAUUUGUGUUAUGAAAUUUAGGAAAAAUUGCACAAAUAAAAAUUGACCUACAAAUGAUAAAGUGCCAAGCAGUUUACUUUUAAUAGCAGAGAAAGCAGUUUUCAGGAAAAGCCAAAAAUAUCUUCUACUGACAGUGCAAGUCGUAUUAUGUUUUAUUUGUUUUAGAAUUAGAAAAAAAUGCAUGAAAAGUGAUACUUGAUUUGAUACAUUUGUGUAAAAAGUAUAUUUUGCUUGUCAAACUGUUCAUCAUGAAAGGGGCACCUCACAGGGUGAAUGCAAUUGACAGUGUAAUUGUAAAUAUAAUUUGUCACCUUAACGCAAUAACAGGUUAUGUUCUUCUAAAUUCUAUAGGAGUUAAUCAGUUAUUGCACUAAGGUGAGGAAAUGUAAAUAAAUGUUUGCAUGCAGACAGAGCUAUUAUUGGACUUGGGUUUUUUGGGAAAGUGACAUGGAAGUUUCUUCUUAAAAUAAUCCUGGUAAAAAGAUUGUACAAAUUGCUCUUGUCAUAACUUUAAUUUUAAAGAUGGUUCUAAUGAAAUGAUUGUUUUCUAAAUGUCUUAAAUGUAAAUUAUGUUUCUUGUUUAUAUAUUUUACAUUAUUAAUAAUUGUGGCACUUUAAAGAUGAAUGGCUCCAUUCAUUAUAUUACUGCUACAUAUAUUACUUUUAUCGUAUAAUUAUGUGACAUUUUAAGUAACUUCUAUAUACAGUAUGUAAUACUCAAUAGACUAUAGAGUUCAUUCUUAUAUGUAAACUUUGCUUUAUAUUGAAUUCUUGCCUACAUGGAUAUCCUGCAGCAACGUGUGUAACACAAAAGUCCUGCUGUAUUUUUAACCCAUAUUGUCCCAUUUUGAUAUUCUUCCUUUUAUAAACGACUCUCCACCAGAUAGAAGUUCUAUAGACCCUUUCAAUUCGAGGAAGAGUUACCUCCCUUACCGGAUAUGAGGUUAUUGUUCUAUACAGACUUAUUUGACUGUUCAUUGGCUGAAGGAAAUUUUGUAUUUACAAGCGGCACAAGGCAGAAAUAUCAUAAAUCAAUCAUAAAUCACCAGGGUGCAGAUGUGUCAUUAAGUUUUAUAAUAUUACAUAAGAUUAUGUCACUUAUUUAAGCUGUUGUAAUUAUGAUCCAUAUUUGGUUAAGGACCAUCACAGGGGCUUAACCCUUUCGCUGCCACAGGGUUAUUUAUUUAUUGAUCACCUAUUUGCCAGAAGGUUUUCUAAGAAAUUACUAUAUUAUUAAUUAAUAUUAUUAUUAUUAUUUGUUUAUAUUAGUAUUAUAAUAAUUAUAUAUGUUUCCUAAUCUGCUUAGUGCUAGUAUAAUAAUAAUUAUUGUCGAUGGUAAAAUUAUCUAUAUAUUUAUUAUGAUUAUUAUUAUUAUUAUAAUUAUUAUUAUAAUUAUUAUUAUAGAAAUGGCAAAAGCAGUCCAUAUUACAAAUACGCCGAAAAUAAAAGGGACGACAUAUGCCGUCCCUAUGGCAGUGAAAGGGUUAAUUGGACAUGCCUUAAUGAUUUGAUCCCUUGUAAUGACUAUCAACUGUUAUUAAUAUAGGAUCAAUGAACUUAAAACGUCGUAUUUUGAAUCUUUGAUAGGAUGACGCAUUAAUAUUUGUUCAGUUAUUAACAAAAUUAGCCUACUUCUAUCCCCCAAUGAUGUCAUCAAAGGGAGACAACUUGAAUCUGAUCUUAAUUGAAAGGGCCUAUAUGUUUUUUUAAUUAAUUUUGUUUUUAUGACCUCUUGCCUUGAUCAUCUUUAUCACAAAAUUUCAAUCAUUUGAACUUAACAGGAAAUAUUAUCGGAAGAUUGUGUAUUUAACCAUUUCAUUAUAUUUUAAGCUCAAUGAAUUGCAAUUUUUUGUGUUAAAAACAUGUGUACAUGUAUUUAAAAGAUAUAUCCUAGUCACAAAAGCAGUGUUUCAUUUUACAUACUUCCAUCAUAAAUAAUAUUUGUUAAAAAGUAAACAUUUUCAUACAAUCAUGUAUAUAGUCAUAACCAGUGAAGCAGUAUUGUUGUGUUCAGCUUUAAACUAUUUAUACAUGUAUUAUACGUUAGUUUCUAUAUACUGAUUUUACAAUAAUAUUUGGCCAAUGGUGCAAAGCUACUGUAACUGCAGGCUCUAAUUUUUACAAGAUUAUUUGUUACUAAAAACUUAGUUGAUAUCCAGAUCUCAAAGGGGUUCCACAUACUAGCCAAAGUCAAAAUGAGUGGGUGAAUCAUGACUGGCACCUUCCUUGCAAUCAGCACAGUCAUGUACCCCCUUCCCCACCCACCUCAUAAGAUUAGUGAACUUGUCAUGCUUAGAGUAUAUUUGAAGCAAAUAAAGAUCCUGUAAAUUUUAUUAUGGUUUUAUAUCAUAAAUCUGAUGCUCAAAUGAAGAUUUAUCAACAUUGUAAGUUCAAAAAAUUUUACAUGUAUUCGUAAUGAUAUUACCGAAUUUACAUUUCAUGUAAAUAAAGGGAAGUAAUUAGAAAUCUAUUUUCGAUAAAGUCUAAGCCAAAUUUUUCAAUAAAAAAUGAAUGCAUAGAUUUACAUGAUUACUUAUAAUAUAAACAUUUGCAGUACAUAUUUAACAUAUUCUUGGAUGUUUGGAAAUUGUUUUAGAAGAUUAAUUAUAUACAUAUAUAAAAUUUCACUUAUGUAUUCUUACAUCCUUAAUAACAACAUACAGGAUCUUUAAUAUGUAUCAUAAGGGAUUCAAUUCCAAAACAAAGGAAAUUAAGCAUUUCACAAUAAAUAAUAGUGCCACUAGGGGAUAGUCACUAUGACUUCAAGCACUGUCAGAGUCAAAGAGAAAAAGUAUAAUAGUUUUGCUCCAAAGCAUCAAUUUAUUAAAGGUAGCUAUAGAUUAUAUGUAAUCAAGAAAUAGAAUAGAUUAUAGCUGAAAAC